GGUACACUACGCCCAUCAGUAAGCAUCUGUCUCUUGUGAGGAUCUGUUGUCAUUCUUUCUGAGGGGAAACGUCAAGUUGAUAAAAAUGUCGCGUGAAAUCAUUACGCUGCAAGUUGGUCAGGCUGGCAACAAAAUUGGCAACAAGUUCUGGGAGGUGAUCUCUGACGAGCAUGGCAUCGACAAAUCCCGCAUGUACCACGGUAACUCCCCCGUCUCGCAGUUGGAACGAAUCGACGUCUACUUCGCUCAAGGUUCGGCAGCAGAAAAAUAUAUACCCCGAGCCGUGCUGCUCGACCUGGAUUUCGUUAGCCUAGCGUCCAUUCGGUCUGGACCUUUGGGGGCGUUCUACAAUCCGGGACACUUCGUCUCCGGCUUCGGUGGAACGGAAAACAACUAUGCCAAGGGUCACUACACAGACGGGGCUGCGAUCGUCGACGAAGCUAUGGACGUUUUGCGAAGAGAGGCUGAGAACUGUAGCUCGUUACAGGGAUUCCAAAUGACUCAUUCCCUUGGUGGCGGUACUGGCUCGGGCUUGGGAACACUUCUUCUAAGCAAGAUUGUCGAUGCGUACCCAGACCGCAUGAUCUCCACCUACAGCGUUGCACCUUCCCCGAAGAUGCCACACGUAGCUGUGGUGGAGCCGUACAAUGCCGUCCUGGCAUACCAUAGUCUCAUCACACAGUCACAUGCCACCUUCUGCAUCGACAACGACGCCCUGUACGACAUUUGCUUCGACACCCAGGGUGUGAGCAGCCCUACGUUCGACGAUCUCAACCACCUUGUGUCAGCCACCAUGAGUGGUGUGACCGCCGCCUUCAGGUACCCUGGUCACGUCAAUGAAACCCUCAUGAAGAUGGCAGUAAACAUGGCCCCCUUCCCCCAGCUCCAUUUCUUGCUGUCUGGUUAUGCUCCUCUGACCAAAAGAGGCAGUCCACCCAAGACUAACCUAACCGUUCCCGAGGUGGCCCAGCAUUUGUUCGAUGCCAAGAGCAUGCUGGCCGCUUGCGACCCCAGUCAUGGCCGUAACCUGACCACUGCCGCCCACUUCCGAGGCCCUAUGACCCUGAAGGAAGUUGACGAGCAGAUGCAGCAAGUGAGAGACAAGAACAGCGACUACUUUGUGGAUUGGAUCCCAGACAACGUCUUGACCAGCGUCUGCAAGAUCCCACCACAAGGCCUCAAUAUGUCCGGCACCUACAUUGCCAAUAGCACCGCCAUCAAGGAAGUGUUCCAGCGCAUCUCCAAACAGUUCGCCAAACUGUACAAGCGCAAGGCUUUCUUGAACAUGUACAAGAGCGAGGGUCUGGAUGAAAUGGAGUUCCAAGAGGCUGAUAAGAACGUCAGAGACCUGAUGAAGGAGUACCAACAAUACGAAGAUGCAACAGCUGAUUAAGGUGGGGGCGCCCUUGAUUAGGAGUAAACAAAGCAAACAACAAACAAAAAUCCACGAACAACAAAUAAAUACAUUCAAAACGAAAUCUUUAGACAACGUUCAGGACAUCUUUUUAAGCAUUUUUCCGUCUUGUAAAUUUGCCGGUUUGAAGGUCAAUCAGACUAUAACGGGUUUUGUGUACCGUAACUUGUUGCUUAACGCUUAUAGAGGGUUUUAAUAUCUCGGGAGUUGCUGUAUUUUAAUUGGCAAACCGAUAUGUUUACCCCACUAGCACAUUACAUCGGAUUCGAAGAGUCUUUGAAAUCUGUGGUUAAAAAUUGCUGAAACACUUCGUGUUUGAAAAGCAACGUUUUAUGACCGUACAGGUUCAGUUUUCGGGAUUUUAGUUGAAUUAAAAAAAAAGUGUUAUCAAAACAUAAAAAACACGUUACUUUUUGUGGAAAUUGCCACAGCAAAUUUAUUCGGCAUUUACGGUGUGUAAAAAUAUCAAGAUUUAAGAGUCCAUUCCAUUCUUGUUAAAACGACAAGUUGUAAAUAUUCAAUAGCCUCCAUUCAUAAUAUAAACGUAACUAUAAUGAUUCCAUUGUUACUUUUACUUCUUUUCCUUUACCUGCAUAGACAAAGUAGCCACGUGCUAUAAUUUUAUAGUUGUAGUCAGUUUGAAAAGUUGUAUUUAUUUUAGACUAGUUGGUCACUGAAGUCUAAAACACGGAUCAUCAAUCGAAAGUAUUGAACCAUGAUCUGACAAAAAAACUGUGCACUCUCAUAAUAUAUAUUGGCUGUUUCUCCGUCAGCCAACUUUGUUAUGCGCGCAUGCGCGAAUUUCGCUACCAAGGUUUUCUGUAUAGUCAUAUUCGAUCAGAAUAUUUGCAUUUGUAAUGAUUUAGAACAUAAAGACAAAUUUAAUAUUUAGCGAAAUUCUUGAGGUGGAUUUCUUUUCCCAAUUGUAUGAUAAUUUACAUAUUUAUGGUUUUACAGGGUCUUUGCAUACCAAAUGUUAUGGUAAUUCAGAUUAAUAUUCAUGCAAAUUAAAGCAGUAGCUGCGAUGUUUUUUUG